AUGGCUCCGGGCACUCCGGAAAGUGAGGCGAACAGCAAGGCCGCCGUGCGGCCAGGUGGAUUUGCGCUGAGUCUCCGCUCCCGGCGGGUUUCCUCGAGUUCGACAGACCCCGUUUCCGCUUUGAGCCUCCUCAGGGAGACGCCGCCUCGCGGGGUCCCCGGGAACGCCUCGACACCUGGCAAAUCGCAAGAGCUUGCGGGGCUCUGCGGGUCUCGCUCUCCUUUUCAGAGCAAAGGCAGUCGCGAGGAGAAGGACAAAAAGAACCGUCUUCUCUCUCGCAGACUUGCAACGUCUUCAGGAAGCUCCACCAUUCGGCGAACGUCCUCGUCGACCUCCGCCUCUUCGACUUCGGACGCGAAUGCGUUGGUGCCCACUGCCGUCGGGAGCGAAGCAGUCUCACGGACCUCGGGAGACUCGGUCUCCUCGAUGCUACCAUUCCUGACUUCGCUGUCGUCGAUUUCUGGGGCGGAGGACGACGACGGCACGGAACGGAAGAAGAGCGAAGCUGCCAGUGUAGCCGCUGGCGAAGCACCCGACGUCCUGGUCCCGACAGAGGAGCCCCGCGCCAAGGCGUCGUCUCCGCAGAGCUCUCUAGAAGGAGGCGACGGUUUGGAGACGAAGGAAGAGGAGAGGGAGAAGAGGCCAGCCGACGGCGCGAGAGGAAGUCUCUCUUUGCACGAAGAGAGGCGGAAGAAGGCCCAGGGGUCAGGACUGGAGAAGCCGCAGUCUGAGUCGCUCUCGCGUUCAAACACGAUGGCUUCCAACGUUCCAUCGAAGGCGUGUAUGGGCGGAUCGGAUGAAGAUAAGCGGUCGCUGUCGAGGAUGGGCAGCGGCUUUUCGUCCUUCUCCGUCCAGGAAGGAAACCCAGUGGCGCUUCGAGAUGGCAGUGGCAAGAUCGGCGCGUCUCGCCAGGAAGAGAAAUCGAAGACCGCUGAAGCGGGGCCUCUGGACUCAGGCAGCCAGCUCCUUGAUGUCGCGACUGUGUCUUCCACCUUCGCGACGCUUUCGAACGAAGAAGGCGGAGCGCAAGAGACCGCGAACCGUCUAGCCUCGAGCGGCGACAGCCGACAGGAUCCCGACUCGAACGUCGCAGUCCCCACAUCGCCCGACACUACGUCGGCCUUUGUGAAGCAGUCGCUGUCUCUGGGAGGCUCCGGGAAAGCCAAGGGUGAAGGCGCUGGCGUCUACUGGCCACCCGAGACUCGGGCGCUGUCGAGUCCGUGGCGUCAGAGCCGAAAGGCGCGAGACCCGCAAGGACCCGCGCUGCCUGCAUGUGUGUCGGGGACAGCGUCACCCUUCUCGCCGGCGGAUCUGGGCCUUUUUCUGGACUGCCUCGUCGUCGGCGAACAAGCGGUGCGCCGAGCGCAUGCGCGCCUCGAUGCAGUCAUGCGCGAUGUGGAGACAGCGUAUUCCGCCGUCGCGCGAGCCGGUGCGGGUUUCGCGAGCUUGUUGGGCACCGCGUACGACCAGCUCCCAGGCUUCGCCGCGGGAGACCUCGCUGUCGGGACGGGGGGAAGGAGUCGUGAAGGAGACAGGUGCGGGGCUGGAGCGGCCUACCGCGGGCGAGGCGAUCCCGGAGACAACGAGAGACUCAGGCAGGCGGACGAGGACUGGGACGGCGAGACCCGGUGGUCACGGCGGCGUGACUUUGGACUCCAGGCCGUCGGCCUCGAGGCUCCGCAAGCAGGUCGAGACUCAGAGGUGGAGCAGAUGUCUGGGCCGCCCUUCUUUCCGCGCCCCCACCACCCUUAUUGGGCGGAGAGUGUCUCCGGGGCCGACGCAGGGCCGGGCGUUGGCUUUCUCGCUGACGCCGACGACAGAGGUUGUCGUUUGGUGGAUAGAGGUAGGGAGACAGGGGAGUCCGCGUCGCUCCUUCUCGAACUUGCUGAGUCGCUCUGGAGCAAGGGCAAGGCCUCGCGACAGCAGGGCGGAGACAGCGACAAGCGCCCCUGGUCAUCUGCGGAGACCCUCGAGCUCCUGCGGGUCUUCGCGAGAGAACAAACCACGUGCAGCCGCAGUUCGGAUCGCACCGAGUCUUUCGACCUCGCGCCGCACAACAAGCGUCGCGGUCGCCAAGUGAAGCGUCUCGGUGAAAGUUGUUCUGGCGCAGCUUCGCCCAGUCCCGAGCUGGGCGCGUUCCUCCCGCUUUCGGCCGGCGGCGUGAGGCACUGGGCUUCAGAAAAAGGGUCCUCACUGGCGCCCGACGACUGCCUGAAAAACAGAGACCGAAAGCGGACUGGGGCGCUCGGCCAGCGGACAGAGAGCGGGGAGACAGAGGAGGAGGCGAGCGUCUUCGGGAGAGGGGCGAGGAGCGAGAACAUAGGAGACGCUGAGGCGGCGGUGUUUGACGGCCCGGAAGAAGCUGUUUACCGGAAGAAGUCGGGCAGCACAACUUCGUCGCAAAGUGGAGGCACCCAUCGCGCGGAGAAGUGGAGAGAGCAUCUCGGCAGCUUAGACAGAGCCGCGGAUGGGAUGUGCGGAGACAGAGACAGCGAAGAGGCGAGGGACGCAAGGGAAACGGGGUCUCCAGAGGGAGGAUCUGUCUCCCGAGAAAAGAAGAUGCAGCGGAAACCUGGCGGAUCCGGAGAAGGCACUGGAGCCGGAGAGCCUGUGAAGGCGACAGAAGAGAGCGGAGACGAGCGGAAAGAGGGGGGGAACAGAGACCGAUCCGGAAGCUCCCAAACGGACAAGAAGGACCUCCAGACGGAUUAUCAGAAGGGCAGUGACGGAGCUGGCAGAGAAGGCGAAGAAGAGAGGAUCUUGCGUUUUUCUGCGUCGAAUUCGAAAGAGGCGUCAAGGGCGACUUCAAAGUCGAGCCUGGGCGAAGGAGAGCGAGGGACGUCGGGGACGCCUGCGCUGUCGUCUGGCAUUUUGACAAGAGGCCGGGCAGCUGCAUGCCGUCAGCAGCAGAAGCCAAAGGAAUGCGGAGACAACGAGGCCCCUCAGGAAGAGACACACCCGGAAUCGGGGACGGCGCGCGGGGCGAACGGAGCCGAGGAAGAGAACAAGAAGGUCGGGGACAGUGGCGAGACUCUCGCGAGAGGCAUCGAAGAGUUUCUGCAUGCGUUCAAGACGCGCCGCACAGAAGCUGCGACUCUGAGCGACCAGGGGGAGCUCUCGUCAGCGGAGACGCUGCUGCCUCCGAGCAAGCGCCCGAAGCUCGCAGGGACGAGCGGCUGUCGAGGCCUCAAGACUGAGGAGGACGCCGGCGAUUUUGAAGGCAGACACCAAGAGGGCGAGGACUCCGCGAGAGUCGGGGAUUUUUCGCAGUGCCCAAAUCUUCGCUUCUCAGACUGCGCAGUGGCAGGAGAGCAGCAGCAAGUCGACUCCGGUGCCGAUAGACCUACGCACCGGCUUCCGCCGGGCUCGCGAGUUUUGGCCAGCUCUGCGCACUGGCUGUCAGGCGAUGGCGGCGCCGCCUCGCCGCGGGCGUCGCCUCGAAGCCGCCCGGCUUCUUUCUGGGACGGCUACGGCGCUCGCGAGGGUCGCGACAGCGAGUGGCGGAAGGAGACAGCGUCGUUCACGAGUGAAGAGAGGGCCCUCAUUGCUCGCUUCGGUCAUCUUUUAUCCCCCAGAGACGACAGUGCCUUAUCGCGCCGGCAGGCGGACGCGCUGCGCGAGGACGAGGGUGAGGGGUUUGGUGUCUCCGCGCGCGGGUCUCCUUUUCCGGCGGGUGGGCGCUUUUUAGACCUGUGGGGCGACAAUCUGUCCGCUGGCGAAUCGACCGGGCCGCGGUGUGCCGGGGACGCUGCAGGUUUCUCCUGGGCUCGCUGGUCCAGUGAAAAGGGACGAAGGGAUUUGACUGGCCCGCGAAAGCAGGAUCUCCGCGGGGACUAUGAGAGUCCCGGCUUAGUGGGGGCGAAGCGCAAGGAGGACCCAGAGGCCGGUGACGACCUGUCGCCCGUUGCCAGAGCGUCUUCUCUCUCCGAGGCGUUCUGCCCCCGCGACCCGGCGGGAUCGAAGCUCGGCGCCAGCAGGCAGACCGGCAGUUCCGACUGCGCCACGACGCGAAGCGUAGAUGCCGUCUUCAACUCCGCUUCACAUGCGUUCCUUGCAUCUCAGCUGCGUUCCUCGCCAGACGACGCGUUGGGCCAGUUGUUGUCUCGAGGCGCCGCAGAGUCCCCUCUAGGUUGUUUUCGCGAAGGUGUCGGCCGAGACUCGCGGUGGUCUUCCUCGUCGACGAAUGGGCCUUUCGGCAUGCAGCGAGAUCUCGGGAAGCCGUCAGAGGGGUUGUCGGCUUCUCUCGGAGCGGCCUGCUCGUCGCCGUAUUGGGGAGCGGUCUCCGGGAGUCGCGGAUGUCCGAGUCGAGGCUCCGUAGGUCUCUCGUCUCGAGGCGCGCGACUCCCGAUCACGACUGGCAGUCUCCAAAGCUGUUCUCUCUCGCCCUACGAUCCUUCGCCGGGAGGCGGCCCGCGCAUCGGGGGCGGAGGCCCCGCACCCCGCUGUACCUUGGACGCGUUCGAGAAAGACUCCUUCUCGCAAGACGGGAGCUUUCUGUCUCGGUCGGGGAACCCGUCGUCGCUGGGGGGAAAGCUCUCGAUGGACUCGAGUCUCGCGUCGCACAGCUUGAAAGAGGCGCUGCUCGCCAGCGGCUACAACCACCUCCAGGGUUUAGGGUUAAAGAGCGAGGAGAAGGGGAAACUGCGAGCGUUUCCAGGCUUGGAGGACACAGAUCUCUUGUUUCCGUCUCGGGGCGGCGGUGUGUGCGGCGGCGCGCGCCGGCCCUCCUCGAGGGACAGCGAGGAAGGCAGCUCGAGUGACGGGGACCUGCCUGAAGCCGCCAAGACAACUUGGCCCGGAGCUGUGGGGCCCGGCGCCGCGCUCGCCCCCAGACUCCACUGCGUCGUGCCUGUCGGGGCGUCGAGGAAACACCGGACGCCAGGCGAGGCAGGAGAAAACGGAGACACCCGAGACGGCCGCGGCUAUGUCUCGGAUGUCCCCGGCGUCAGCUACCGAUCGACGCCCCACAGUGGGUGGCGCUUCAGGUGGAAGGACGCAGAAACUGGCAAGGAAUACUCACGCUGUUUCUCCGUUAACAAGUUCGGUUUCGAACGCGCAAAGAGAAAGGCGGAGCGGGUCGCGCGAGAGAUGCGCCAGGGUCGAAGUAUCAUCAUCAGCAACCACACGAGGACGAAGGUUUACCUGGCAGAGACGAACGGCUCGAGUGGGGCUGAAGGGAGCAGCGGGCCUGUCGGGGGGUUCACAUGUCGCGCCUCAGAGACACCCCCCGGAUUUUCUUUCUUGAAUCCGCCGUUUGCAGACUGCGUCUCGUCACGGGCUGCUGCGCCGAGCAGUGGCGCGGGAGACUCCUGUGUCUCCUCGGGUGUCUCCGCAUCUCCAGGCGGGGCGGGGGCACUUGUGGGGUCGUCGCUGCUGGCCCUGCGGGGGCCCGCACAAGGGCCUCUUUCCGGGUCAGGGGACUCGGGUGUGGGGUCUUCCGUCGGAGAUAGCUCGGGCGCCAGUCUCUUCUUUGCUUCGGGCAACGCGGACUCUGCGGGAGCGAGCAGGGACGGCUCCCGUUCGCUUUUCUCUGGAGGACCGUCUCCAUUCUUCCUGUCUCUCCAGAGUCCGUGCACCGGCGGGUCGGGGGGCGAAGGGAGAGGGUCAGGCGACGACGCGCCGGAGGCUUCCUUUCUUUUGGGGGCGUCUGCGUCUCCGGAAGACUUUGGGCCGAAGAACGAGGUCUUGAAAGCAAGUUCUGACGCUCUGGACUGUGUUUCCAAUGAAAGACACUCGCAGGGAUCUUCGUUGGGAGCCUCCCCACAGCUGCCAGGGGACGCGUUUCAGGCGGGGCCUGUCACCCCGGCGAAAGCUGGGGGGGGUCUCGAAGGCGCAGACACCGAGAAGGACGGAAGUUUGUCCAGCUCUGUCAGGGGCGUCAUUUUUGAGCACUCACGAGGAAGCUGGAGAGGUCUGGUCAUCGACAAAGACACUGGACGCCAGCAGGUCCGGCGUUUCUCCGCUCGGAAGUAUGGGCACCUGGAAGCGCGUGUGAGGGCCGAACGUUUUUGUCUCGAGGCGCAGCGUUUUCGAGAGAAUCGUGACGCUUCUUCCAACUCCACGUCCACCGACGCCGGGGGGAAUGUAAAGUCGCCGGCGUUUAAGGAUCUCGCGUCGCGGCAAGGCUCGCCUGUUGAAGCGUCGGCUGGGGCUGCUGCACCGUCGCUGCAAGAGAGCAGCCGAGGCGAUGAAGGGGACCCAGAGCGCGCAGGCUCGCCGUCUCUCUCUUGCCUUCCUCAGGGACCUUCUUCGAGCUGUGGAGGGGGGAAUUCUCGCCCCCAGCCUUUGUCUUCUCGUGGAGACAGUCCCGGUGCAGAGGCGGGAGGCGCUGGCGAAGAGGGCUCGCGAGAAAGGGUGACUCUCGCGCUGGGUGUCGGUGGGCGAAGAAGAACUGGACGCGAAAGAGAGGCGAGUGAGUCGUCGAAGACGGGGGACGCGGCGAGUGAGGGGAAACUGGGAGAAGGCGAGGACCGCGACGAAGGAAACGUAGCGGCGAACGGAGGAGUUGCUCAGGUGAAGAGAGAUCGCGACCGAGAGGAGCGGUCUGACGCUCAGCCGACUCUCGGUUUGGACGAGAUGGAUACGCCAGACGGGCACUUCGGAGGGGAGAAGAAGAGAGAAGGAGACGGGAGAGUCCGAGAGGACGCCACACUGAGUCGUCGGAGUAAAGCAGCUUCUGACGGACCGUCGGCUGCAGGCAGCCGGACAGGCGGCACCGAAAAUGCAGUUUAA